CUUGAAAAUAAACCCAAGCAAAGUUAAUAUUUGACAGGUUUCCCGCGUAUAUAUAAUAUCAUGUGUAUAAACAAUCUUGAUGUCAAUGCAAAAUGAAUAUAACAGAUGCUAUUCAGAGACGAGAAAGUGGAUUUGGCUCAAUGCAUGAUUAUGACAUCGCACUGUAUCGUUUGAAAUGCUAUCACAAUGAUGUUUAUCGUGGAAUAACACCGAAUGUAAAUGCACCUGAUUAUAAUCCUGAACCACCAGUAUUUGCAUGUCGUUUUUGUACCACGCCGGGUUACGAGCAAGUCCUCGCUUUAGCAAAUGAAGAUGGAAAAAUCGCUCUUCAAGAUAUAAAAAUUAAUAAUAAAGAAUAUGUUAAUCAGCCAUUAGAAGGAACACAGGCACAUUGUAAUGCGAUCUUCGAUAUUGCAUGGAUGCCUGGGGAAUUAAAACUAGUUACAGCAUCAGGAGAUCACACGGCACGUUUAUGGGAUGUCUCCAGGCCUGAAAUAAAACAGAUUAAUUACUUUCAUGCACAUACGCGAAGUGUUAAAACAGCAGUGUUCCGUUAUCAAGACAAAGCGGUUUUCGCAACAGGUGCUAGAGAUGGUUUUAUUAUGAUAUGGGAUAUUAGAGCUAACCAUAGUGAUCAACCCAAGCCAGAUAAUUGUAUUGCCAAUGCGCACAGUGUUGGUAACACAGGCAAAAGACGAAAAGUACAUAGUCAAGCAUCACGAGCGCAAAGCAUUACCGGUUUAGUAUUUCAAGAUGAUUUUACAUUACUGUCAUGUGCUGCAGGUGAUGGUUUAAUAAAAGUAUGGGAUUUGCGCAAGAAUUAUACUGUCCAUAAGAAAGAACCAAUAGCCAAGCAUCUGAUGAAUUAUGGAGGAAAUAGUACUAGGAAUGGUUUUUCUUCAUUGUUGAUAUGCCCAGCUAGAAUUACAUUGUAUGCAAGUUGUAUGGAUAACAUUAUAUAUGCUUACAAUAUAUCAUCAUAUAAUCACAAACCAGUGGCAGAAUAUUAUGGACAUCAAAAUCGCACAUAUUAUGUAAAGACAUGUUUGAGUUCUGACGGCCGCUAUCUUGCCAGUGGAUCCAGUGAUGAACUGGCAUAUAUUUGGCAUACCAACAGACCGGGUGUACCAUUAGUUAAACUUUUCGGCCAUACAGAAGAAGUAACUUGUAUUGCAUGGUGCAGUAUAGGCGAACCUAAGAUAGUGACUUGCUCCGACGACUCUUGCCACAGAAUAUGGAGAGUUGGCUUAGAACACAGAAUAGAAAACGAAGAAACGGAAAUACGUGGUCAAGCUGAAGUUGUAGUAGAAAAAUAUUUAGAAAAUAUGAAGCUAGAAACUACCCCAACUACUUCUCGAUGCUUCAUCAAUUAUGAAACUACACCAGGUUCAGAUAAUACUUCAGUUACAACUCCUGAAUCUAGCAAUGAAGAUCAUCAGAGAGACAGACACAUUCCUCUUAAACGUAGUUAUUUACAAAUGACAAUGGGUUCGAGGUCUGAGGGAAAACACAAAUGUAUUUUAUCCCCUAUUCAUGAAAAUCACGAAAUUAUUGCAAAACGAGCUCACAUGGAUAAUCGUGGUAUGCGAAGGUUAUUUAGCUCUAGUAACGAGACUACUGCUACUUCGAGUAGAGAUUAUGAUUCAGAUGAGCCUAGUACAAGUCAGUACAUAAACAAGAAUGAGGAAACUCCUUUCUCACCCACGCUAAACUUGCCGAAUUUUGUGAUAGACGGUACAGCACCACAUUUGCUCGAGAUAUCACCGCAAAAAUACAAGGAGAAUGUUGAUUGGUUGACGAAAAUUAGAAAAGAAAGAUAUGAACAAAGCAAAACUCCAGAAUCAACUUCGUGCAAUUCCAAAACUCAAAUGACACCCAGUGCCAGAAGAUCCAAGAGAUCACAAUCAACCGAGCCCCAAAAAGUGACAAAACCGACAAAAAGUGUCUCUUUAUUAGACUUUUUUAAAAUUAUGAGUAAGGAUUGCGAAGAGAAUCCUUGUUCAAAAAAUAGUAAUAUUAUACCAUCAACGAGUAUAUCUUGAAAAGAUAAAUGACAAUAGAUAUUGAUUAAAUAAAUUCAUGAAUUAAAUUUAAGGAACUCU